AUGAAAGAAAAAAAGAAAAAAAGAUAGAAGAAAAAAAUGAAGAAAAGACAGAAAAAAAGAUAGAAAAAAAGAUAGAAGAAAAAACAGAAGAAAAGAUAGAAGAAAAACAGAGAAAAAAUAGAAGAAAAGAUAGAAGAAAAGACAGAAGAAAAAAUAGAAGAAAAAAUAGAAGAAAAAUAGAAGAAAAAACAGAAGAAAAAACAAAAAAGAAGACGAAAGAAAAGACAGAAAAAAGGACAGAAAAAAAGACGGAAAAAAAGAUAGAAGAAAAAACGAAAGAAGAAAAAUCUAAA